UGGUAGUAAUCUGUGACAAUCAUUGAACAGCUGUGAGAAUGCAAUAGAAAUUUUACGUUAUGUUGAAGUAGUUAAUAAUUUACUGGGAAUGUGUAAAUAUUUAAUUUCUGUCGUUCCUGAAAUGUGUUGUAAAGGGCACAUGUAAAAUUCAGUAUACAACACAAUGGCAGGAUUACUGGGAUAUAGUCGUGAAGCCAUCAGAGUCAAAGUAAAGAAAUGUGAAGGGGUGCUUCAGCCAGAAUAUAGGAAGUUCAGUGUGGAUCCACAGAUCACAUCUUUUGAAGUACUUCAAAGUAUUUUGGCCAAGGCAUUUGAUAUUAGAGGAGAUUUUACUGUUUGCUAUAGAGCAUUUGAUGACUAUGGCCAGGAAACGUACUUGUCUCUGUUAUCAGACUGGGACUUAGAUGCAGCAUUCCUAAGUGCUUCAGAGCCAUGCCUCUGUUUACAAGUGGAUAUGAAGCCGUUUGAAGAGAGCUCGGAUGAUUGGGAUUUGCUAGGUUAUGUUGAUGUUCCACAAACUCAAGUACCAGGAAGCAAGCCUCAGAACCGGCUACCUGGGUUGAUCUUGAAUCAGGUUGAGAGGACAUUCAACAUGGUACAGAGGGCACUGAAUCUCAUAGAGGAACAGCAACCUCCCAUCUCUGAUCAGCCUCCCCGCACACCACUGACAGAUGCAGAAUUCCGCAAGUUCUUGGACCCUAUUGGUCAGGUGGUACAAGCCCGUGAAUUGAGGACUGCCAUUUAUUAUGGUGGCAUAGAGCCUAGUCUCAGGAAGGUGGUUUGGAAACAUAUUUUGAAUGUAUAUCCAGAUGGAAUGUCUGGGAAGGAAAGAAUGGAUUACAUGAAAAAGAAAGCAUAUGAAUACCAGGCCCUGCGGGACUGUUGGAAGGAGAUGGUACAGAAUGGACAUGUGAUGGGAGACGUGGCAUAUGUGACUAGCAUGGUACGCAAGGAUGUGCUGAGAACAGACCGCCACCAUAGAUUCUAUGCUGGUAGUGAUGAUAAUCAAAACAUAGCUUCCCUUUUUAAUAUACUAACAACGUAUGCACUAAAUCAUCCAACAGUGAGCUACUGUCAAGGUAUGAGUGACCUUGCAUCACCACUGCUGGUGACAAUGGGAGAUGAAGCACAUGCAUACAUCUGUUUCUGCGCACUGAUGAAGCGCCUUCACUCAAACUUUAUGCUGGAUGGCAUUGUAAUGACACUCAAAUUCCAGCAUUUGUCAGAAGGAAUUCUGUAUUAUGACCCAGAGUUUUAUGCUUACCUAAAGAGUCAUCAGGCUGAUGACCUUCUAUUUUGCUACCGCUGGUUGUUACUUGAGAUGAAACGGGAAUUUGCAUUUGAUGAUGCCCUACGGAUGUUGGAAGUGCUUUGGAGUUCCUUGCCCCCUACACCACCACAGAAGGAACUGCAGCUCUUUGAAAAGCAGUUCUGUUCAUUGACACCAGGGGAUGCUCCUCUCCUAAAGACACCCCGAGAGAAUGCAUACACUAAAGUGUGUGCAUUAAGGCGCCAGAGUUCUGCAGCAUCCAUUAGUUCUCUUGUUAGUACUCGUCAAGUUAUUCGUCACAGGCAGAAUCAGAGCUUGGAUGAGACUUCAACAGUUGAAAAGCAAAAUAAAGUGAUGCCAUUCUCAAGCCUAGAUGAUACCAGUAUCCGGAUGAUGGCUCAAAGACAAGAAUCCAAAUCACAGUCUACUUCCUUAUUUGAAACACUCUCAGAACCUGAAUCAGAUGAAACAUCCUUAAACCAUAUCAACAGGAGAAAAACAGCUGAAGUUCGUUCUGGUAGCACAGACAAUCUUGUCAUUCCAAAACUGGCAACUAAGCGAGGGUACCUACAGAAUUUGAAGCAAAAACUUUCUGGAAGCCAGAAUAAGAAUCUCUUUCCUUCAGUGGAUAAAAGCAAUACUCAAGAUAUGAUUACAGAUGAUGUGACAGAAAAGACACAAGUGCGAGUGGUGAAGAAUUUAAAUGAAUUUCUGAACUUUACAGCCCUUAAUAAAAACCGUUUACUUCCAGACAAAAUAGUUCCUAGCUCACCUCCAAAGAAGGAAUCUACCCAGGUAUGGCAAGAAAAUACAUCAGUGAAUAAAUAUAAUGUCAAAACUAACUUGGGAGAUGGUGAUCUUCCUACAGUAGUAUCUCAAAAAGAGUUACAGAACCACUCCACAAUCCUCACCUGUGAUAAUAAAGGUAAAGGUCAGUUUGGAAAUAAGGACACAUUUUGUGAUGGUAGUUCUCCAGAUGAUUCAGCUGAGUACUUCCCAAUGACAACAUCAAUGACACGAGAACUGCGGCUAGAAUUAGAAAACCUAGAUCGCCAGGUGUUUGGUUCAAAGUUCAGUCAGCAAAGCUUUACCCUAGAAGAUUCAGAAGAAAUAGAAUCACCAUGCAGUGAAUCUUUCCUGUCUGUUGACAGAAAAGGACAUAAAAAUUAUGUAGUGUCCAAAAAUGCCUCUGGUGUACAUACUGAAACUGUUAUAGGUUUACAAGUGGCUGAGAUCUGCCCUGAACCCAAUUUUAAAUCACUGACUCUGAAAUUGGCUCAUAGCUGGCAACAACAUGAUGGAAAUCAAAUACCGAAACAACCAUCAGAUUCAGAGAAGAAAGUUCCAAGCUGUAUAAGACUGAAUCAUCAUCACUUCAGUCCAGGCUCUUCAUUUAGCACUGGGGAGGAGAUAUUUGUGUGGGAGAAUCCACUGCAGUGUCCAGCAACGCCAGAUGAGCAGGCAGACUUGGAGUAUGAUGAUUCUCAAUGUGUAACUGUUAGUGGUGGGGAGAUUUUUGAAAAUGAAGGUCAGGGUAUAAAGUCAGUGACACCUAUUAGACUGGUGCGAAGUGGUGUUGGUGUACAGACUAGCAAUGGAACAUCGUUGCCAACAGAUGAUGCAAGUGACAGUUCGGAUGGCUGGGUUGACCAUAAAGUAGAUGCACAUGGCCCUUCCAAAACUGUAUCAAGCAGAGGAAGUGUUUCAUCUGAAAAACAGAACUGUGAUCCUGGACAUCUAAGACAAAAAGCAAACCAAGAAAUGUCAGGUAUAGCUCCGACAUCUGCUAUGACUAACUCAUGUGAGGAGGUGACUGAGCAUACAUUAAGAAACUCCACACCUGCAGUUUUAAGCACAAAACAGCCAUUGCAAUAUUCCAAAAAUCUGCUACCUCCUCCGUCUGAGUUUGGAGGUGGAAAUCCAUUUCUCAUGUUCCUGUGUCUGACUGUUCUCCGUCAGCACAGGGAUAUUGUAAUGGGUAAUGGCAUGGACUACAAUGAGAUGGCCAUGCAUUUUGAUAAGAUGAUCCGCAAGCACAAUGUGACACGGGUACUGAACCAAGCCAGACAGAUGUUUGCAACAUACCUUCGGCAACAGGCUUCACUCAGUAAUAAUACAGUUCACUCAAACUCAGAUCUUAAUAUAUAAGGCAGUAAAGGUGCCAGCAAGCAGUGGUUUCCAACUUUUUUAAUAUAGUAUUUUCCUCCAGUUUUGACUUCUUGUCUUUAAUCAGCUGUUGAAGUAGACAUAGCUAGUGUACAACAGACCCUGUAGUUUCAUUAAGAAAUUUUUUGAACAAUAAUUAGGCAUAUAGUCAGUAAAAUAUUACUUGUUCUGUAGAAAAUUAUAAACAAAAGUACAUUCUACAUAUGUCCUUUGCUUGUUUCAUGAGAAAACAUGCAUCUGCCCUUUGCCUCAUAAUGUGAUCCAUUUGGAAACCACUGUUGUAAAAAUUUCAUUCAUACAAAAUGAAUACACCUAGCAGACAAAUGACAUGCUUAAAAUCAUGGGAAAUCAACACCAUGCAGCCACCUUGUGCCAUGUUUUUAGUACUUAUGUGGGAGUUAGGUGAAUAACUUACUAACUAAUUAGAUGGCUUAAGAAACCCAAAGGUUCAUCACCAAAUUAACCAAAGCCCUUCGUAGGUCCCUGUCCUUUGCCAGCAAAAUCCAAUU